UGAAAGACUUAUAAUGAGAGUUGUAUAUUUCAUAUGUUUAAUAAUAUUUAAUUAUAAUUGUAAUCCAAGUCCAUACUUCUCGCGUAUCUUUGUGAUUGACAUUGAGAUUUCAAGUUAACUCUCUGAAAAGUUUGGUGUAAGAAAGGUUUUUGGGAUGAUUCUAAUGUAAAAGCUCAAGCUAUUUAGAAUAAAUUUUAAGAGGAAACUCUAGGAGACUAAAUUAGACUAAAUUUAUAAAAACAACUCAUGACACAGUUUAGAAAGUUAUAUAUAUAUAUAUAUAUAUAUAUAUAUAUAAAAGUAUCUCUCCACCACCUAUUUUCUCAUAUUUUUGUAAUCUAAUUGGAGUUUGGAUUAAGUUUGAGUCCAAUAUCUCACACAUUUCCCUAUUUUGAUUGUUCACUACUUCCCGGGAUUCACUCUCUCCUUUUUCCAACUUCGCUUAUGCCUCUCACAAUUUCAAACCAUUUCCAAGCGUGUAGUAGAAUUCAAGCGUUUUUUGCUGAGAAGAGAGGUAAAGACAUUGGCUAUGGCCACUAGGUUUCCAGGAGUUGACAAUGAAUUGCAAAAGAUUCUGGAUGCUAAUAUGGAUCAUGUUGGUGCUAGAAGACUAGCUCGUGAAUCCUUCAAGGAUAUUCAGCUUCGGAUUGAUCACAUACUCUUUAAGACUCGAUGCGAUGGACUCAAAACGGAGGAGUCGUACGAGGUGAACUCAAAGGGCGUUGAAAUCUUCUACAAGAGUUGGCUACCCGGAACUGCGAGGCCGAAAGCAGCUGUGUUUUACUGUCAUGGUUAUGGAGACACUUGCACCUUUUUCUUUGAAGGAAUAGCUAGAAAAUUGGCAUGUGCUGGAUAUGGAGUAUUUGCUAUGGAUUAUCCAGGAUUUGGUCUUUCAGAAGGUCUUCAUUGCUAUAUUCCUAGUUUUGAUUCGCUAGUUGAUGAUGUCAUCGAGAUUUACUCCAAAAUCAAAGCAGAAAAUCUAGAAUUUCAAUCUCUUCCAAGCUUCCUUUUUGGACAAUCCAUGGGAGGAGCUGUUGCUUUAAAGAUGCACCUUAAACAACCUAAGGCAUGGGAUGGCGCCGUUCUUGUUGCGCCGAUGUGUAAAAUUGCAGAUGACAUGGUUCCACCAAAGUUGCUAGCUCAGAUUCUUAUCGGCAUCGCCAAUAUUCUACCAAAGAAAAAGUUAGUUCCGCAGAAGAAUUUAGCAGUGGCAGCAUUUAGAGACCUGAAGAAGCGAGAAAUGACAGCUUAUAAUGUCAUUGGCUACAGAGAUAAACCGCGUUUGUGGACUGCUGUCGAGAUGCUUAAAACGACUCAAGAAAUCGAACGGAGAUUGGAAGAAGUGUCUUUGCCAUUGUUAAUCCUUCAUGGAGAGGCUGAUAUUGUGACGGAUCCGUCGGUGAGCAAAACAUUUUAUGAGAAAGCUAGCAGCUCAGACAAGAAGCUUAAACUUUACAAAGAUGCUUAUCAUUCUCUUCUUGAGGGGGAGCCUGAUGAAAUGAUAAUCCAAGUUUUUACUGAUAUUGUUUUAUGGCUUGACGAACACAGCUUGAAACAUUCUUCAUUUUCUGAUAAAUAAUUUAUUUUCUGUGUAUUUUAUGAAUAUUGAGAUUGUUCUUUAAAUGGAGAAAAGGAAUGAUUCUAUUGUUUGUAUAGAAGUUUUUGUUGAAUAAUAAUAAUUUUGAGUGUAGAAAAUUA